GUAGUAAGAUGUCUCACGAGGUGGAGAGUGUCAACGGGAAGGGUGCGCAGGAGCCGGUGUCCUCUCGUAGGAGCUCGGAGAGCCCGCCGCCGCCGCCCGACGGCGGCUGGGGCUGGGUCGUGGUCUUCGCCUCCUUCAUGAUACAUAUAGUCAUUGACGGGCUGACUUAUUCAUUCGGCGUUUUAUAUUAUGAGUUCCUGGGCUAUUUCCAAGAGGGCGAAAGCAAGACUGCGUGGAUCGUCUCAAUACUGUGUGCGAUCACGCUCAGUUCAGGCCCAUUAACGAGUUCGCUCGUGAACCGUUGGGGCUGCAAACUGGUGACGGUGUUUGGAGGCCUUCUGGCCGCGGCCUGCAUCAUCGCGUCGGCCUUCGCGGGCAACGUGCUGACGCUCAUCUUAACCAUCGGCGUGGGCACCGGCUUCGGCUGCGGGCUCAUCUACCUGCCCGCCAUCGUCAGCGUCACCGUCUGGUUCGAGCGGUAUAGGAGUCUUGCUACGGGCAUUGCAGUGUGUGGUUCAGGACUUGGAACCUUUAUUUUUCCGCAUUUAACAAAGGGUCUAAUCUCCAGCUACGGUUGGCGAGGUGCCUUGGUCAUUAUAGGUGCCCUUAUAUUAAACUGCAUUCCAUUAGGCUUUCUGUUCCUACCAGUACCCGAAGUGCCAAAAACACCGGCCAGCGAACCGAUGCUUAUAAAACAAAAGAAAUUGGUACUGAAUAAGUCUCAAAGUACUGAGCAUAUGGCUCGACCAAACGGACGUACGGAAGACGGCGAUGUGGCUAGACUAACUUUCUCGCAGCCCGCUCUGAACAAAUCCCACGAGUCUAAGCCGCAGCCGCAUUCUAGACGUGGCAGCGGCAUCAUGCACAGACCUGAUGUAUUAUAUCAAGGAAGUAUGACAAGCCUCACGAAAUUCCGGGCUUCAUCUCCAGUAAGAAUUCAGACUAUGACCGAAGACGAAGAGUCUAAGUCGCCGUUUUCGGAAAUGCUCGAUGUAUCUCUAUUGGUGGACCCCAUAUUUGUGUUAUUCUCUGUAUCAAACAUUUUGACUAAUAUAGGAUUUUAUAUACCUUAUGUUUAUACUGUGACCAUGAGCAAUGAGCUGGGCAUCGAAAAUCCGGAACGUUUAAUUUCUGUAAUGGGGGCGGCUACUUUAGUAGGAAGGAUAGUUCUCGGCUUUAUCAGCGACAAACCUUGGGUAAAUCGGUUGAUGGUGUACAACGUGUGCCUCACGAUAGCUGGCAUGAGCAUGGCUUCAGCAGCAGUGUGCACAGAGUUCUGGGGUCUAGCCAUGUAUGCGGCUAUGUACGGCUUCACGUCCGGAGCAUACGUGGGGUUAACGUCGGUGGUACUGGUCGAUCUUUUUGGAAUGGCGAAACUGACUAAUGCCUUUGGGCUCUUGCUAUUUUUCCAAGGCAUCGCCUCACUAUUUGGCGCGCCUCUUGCAGGAUGGCUCGUUCAAGCAACAGGCUCAUAUAUGCCCACUUUCAUCGGGGCCGGAGCCUUCGUGUCCGUCAGCGGGGUAAUGCUGUUCGUGAUCCCAUUGGUGCAGCGCAGGGCUCGGAACCGGUAUUGA